AUGGCGGUGCCACAGCCGGUGGUGCAGCUGCUGAAGACCCUGGAUCGAAUCCGGUCCUUCAUCUUGUUGGUCCUCGUCUACCUCGGCGUGUACCAACAGGACCAGCACAUAGCCUCGGCGACAGGCCGACCACCCGGCCCGGCCACGCCCUCGUCGAUCAAGGCCAGGCUUCCGGUCGUCGAAGUCGGGAGCCUCGUCGACGGGAGACCGCGAGGCUGGUGCUGCGCCGAGGAGCCCAUGUGCGUGUUUUGCCUGGAUAGGCUGGAGCCGAAGGACGAGGUCAGGGAGCUCGGCAACUGCCGCCACGCGUUCCACAGAGGGUGCAUCGACAGGUGGGUGGACAAGGGCGAGUUCAGCUGUCCGGUGUGCAGGUCGGAGCUGUUGCCGAGCGGAGCCGACGGGAUAAGGGGGGCCAUCCUUAAAUUCAUUUGUGGACUAGUGAGACGUCACGGUGUUGAAGAUGACAAUUAG